AUGACAGCCUCCCUUCCAGAGGCAGACAUCACAAAGGAGGGCGACUUCAAGGCCUGGCACAAGGAGCAAAAGCCUGUAGUCACCAGUCCGCCGAAGGCUGCUCGGAUGGCUGUCAUCGGCACGGCGGGGGCGGAGGUGCUGAUACCGCUGGCGGCGGUGAUCGGCAUCGCGUUCGCGGUGUUCCAGUGGUACGCGGUGGCCAAGGUGCCGGUCCCGUCCCACGACGGCGAGGAUGGCGGCGGCGCCGCCCAGAAAGGCCGCAGCGGGCACGAUGAGAGCGCGGAGGACGGCGUGGACUACCGGCAGGUGGAAGCCCGGUGCGCAGAGAUCCAGCACGCCAUCUCCAUCGGCGCCACGUCCUUCCUCUUCACCGAGUACAGGUACCUCGCCGUGUUCAUGGCUGGGUUCGCGGUGGUGAUCUUCAUGUUCUUGGGGUCGGCGCAGCGUUUCAGCACGCGGCCAGAGCCAUGCACGUACGACCCAGCGCGCAUGUGCCGGCCGGCGCUAGCGAACGCGGCCUUCAGCAUGAUCGCGUUCCUCCUGGGCGCGCUCACCUCCGUGAUGUCCGGGUACCUCGGGAUGCGCGUGGCGACGUUCGCGAACGCGCGCACGGCGCUCGAGGCUCGCCGCGGCGUGGGGCGCGCCUUCGUCGUGGCGUUCCGGUCUGGCGCCGCCAUGGGCUUCCUCCUCGCGUCCAGCGCGCUGUUCGUCCUCUACGUCGCCAUCAACCUCUUCGGCGUCUACUACGGCGACGACUGGGGCGGGCUCUACGAGUCCAUCACCGGCUACGGCCUCGGCGGCUCGUCCAUGGCCCUCUUUGGCCGCGUCGGCGGCGGCAUCUACACCAAGGCCGCCGACGUCGGCGCCGACCUCGUCGGCAAGGUGGAGCGCAACAUCCCCGAGGAUGACCCUCGCAACCCCGCGGUGAUCGCUGACAACGUGGGGGACAACGUCGGCGACAUCGCCGGGAUGGGGUCGGACCUUUUCGGGUCGUACGCGGAGUCGUCGUGCGCGGCGCUGUUCGUGGCCUCCAUCUCGUCGUUCGGGACGGAGCACAACUUCGCGGCGAUGAUGUACCCGCUGCUCAUCAGCGCCAUGGGCAUCGUGGUGUGCUUGGCCACCACGGUCGUCGCCACCGACCUCGCCGAGGUGAAGACCGUCGAGGAGAUCGGGCCGGCGCUCAAACGGCAGAUCCUCAUCUCCACCGUGCUCAUGACGGUCGGCAUCGCCAUCGUCAGCUUCCUCGUCCUGCCGCACAGCUUCACCCUCUUCGACUUCGGCAGGCGCAAGCUCGUCAAGAACUGGUACCUUUUCAUCUGUGUGUCGGCCGGUUUGUGGGCGGGUCUUGUCAUCGGCUAUGUCACCGAGUACUUCACAAGCAACGCUUACAGGCCGGUGCAGGCGGUGGCGAACUCAUGCCGGACGGGAGCGGCGACGAACGUCAUCUUCGGGCUGGCGGUGGGGUACAAGUCGGUGAUCGUGCCCAUCUUCGCCAUCGCGACGGCCAUCUACGCCAGCUUCCGCCUCGCCGCCAUGUACGGCAUCGCGCUGGCGGCGCUGGGCAUGCUCAGCACCAUCGCCACGGGGCUCAGCAUCGACGCCUACGGUCCCAUCAGCGACAACGCCGGCGGCAUUGCCGAGAUGUCCGGCAUGCCUCACGUGGUCCGCGAGCGCACGGACGCGCUCGACGCCGCCGGCAACACCACCGCCGCCAUCGGCAAAGGGUUCGCGAUCGGGUCGGCGGCGCUGGUGUCGCUGGCGCUGUUCGGCGCCUACGUGAGCCGCGCCGGGGUCGCGGCGGUGGACGUGCUGAGCCCUCGGGUGUUCGCGGGGCUGCUGGCGGGGGCCAUGCUGCCCUACUGGUUCUCGGCGAUGACGAUGCGGAGCGUGGGGAGCGCGGCGCUGGCGAUGGUGGAGGAGGUGCGGCGGCAGUUCGACAGCAUCCCGGGGCUGAUGGAGGGCACGGCGAAGCCGGACUACGCCACCUGCGUCAAGAUCUCCACCGACGCGUCGCUCAAGAAGAUGCUGGCGCCCGGCGCGCUCGUCAUGCUCAGCCCGCUGGUCGCCGGCACGCUGUUCGGCACCGAGACGCUGGCCGGGCUCCUCGCCGGCGCGCUGGUGUCGGGGGUCCAGGUGGCGAUCUCGGCGUCCAACAGCGGCGGCGCGUGGGACAACGCCAAGAAGUACAUCGAGGCCGGCGCGUCGGCGGAGGCGCGGGCGCUGGGGCCCAAGGGGUCGGACGCGCACAAGGCGGCGGUGAUCGGCGACACCAUCGGCGACCCGCUCAAGGACACCUCCGGCCCAUCGCUCAACAUCCUCAUCAAGCUCAUGGCCGUCGAGGCGCUCGUCUUCGCGCCAUUCUUCGCCGCGCACGGCGGCCUCAUCUUCAAGCACCUCUGA